UCAAAAACAUGAAUGACAACAAAUCGAAAUCUAAUAGGUUGUUUUGAUGUAGGUUAGAAAAUUAAUAACUGAUUUGAUUGCUAGAUUUUAAUUUAGUGACAUUAUUUGAACAUGUUAUUUUUAUUACUUCAGUGAUUGGUAGAAAAAGUUAGUAAGUAAGACAACAACUGGAAAAUCACAAACCGGUUUUUUAAUAGGUUCAUGCUAGAAGCAAAAUACAAACAUUUGUAGAUUAAUUUAUAACACAGAAAAUGUCGAAUACAAUUGUACAGUAUAUUCUGCUUCGUACUGAUUUGCUGAAGGAGCUGGGAUGGUCGAUAGGUUCCGUAGUGGCCCAGGCUUGUCACGCAUCGACAGCUGUGCUUCAUCUCUACAAAGAUGACGAAACAACUAUACAGUAUCUGAAUGAUAUGGAUAAUAUGCACAAAGUGGUGCUAGAGGUGCCCAAUGAAGAAGCAUUGAAAAAGGUGACAGAAAAGUUAAAAGAAAACUCAAUAGCACACAAACUAUGGAAAGAACAGCCAGAAAAUAUUCCCACUUGCUUAGCUCUCAAGCCUUAUCCUAAGGAUGAAGUUAAGAAAUUUGUAGGAAAAUAUAAACUAAUGAAGCUUCAACUUAAUGCGUAAAACAAUUUAAAUUAUGUUACAGAUUGUAAAUAAAAUAUAAUUUAAAAUCACUAUAA